AAGAAAAUCUGAGACUUUCUGAAGCAAAUGUAAUUGACCUUAUAGAUAGUGAUAUUAGUGAAUUAGUCAAAAAAUAUCUUACAUUCGAAAAUUAUGAUCCUAAAAAGUUAAAUAAUACUCUUACAAUACAAACAGAAGAUAUUGAACACAAUGAAAAUAACAAAGACAAUGGAGGGAGUUCAUUUGUAGUUUUUUCAGAAAAUAUUCUUAAAGACAUUUGUUUUAAUAUAUGGAAUAAAGUAGAAGAAUAUUUAAACAAAUAUGGAGCUAGAAAUGGAUUUACAGUUACUAAAUAUCAGAUAGAGCAAAACAGCUUAGCGAAAUAUGAAAACCAAAAAAAUAAAUUGCCUAUGGCAUAUCAACUUAUCUAUUUAGAACAGGCUAUACAAAUUUCAGUUACAACAUACAUUAAUCAACACAAUCAUGCCCUUGUUCCUGAAACCCAAAAUUUUGAAAUAAAAUAUAAAACAUUAUCUAAUGAGGCACUUGAUGAAAUAAAUUUAAUGACGAGAAAUGUGAGUGUUGAAAGCAUGGCAAAAGUCGAAAGUUACAAUUGGGUCAUCAAGCAACAGUUGAAAGCAAAUAGUAUGCUAUGUAAGCUUGCAGAUUGUCUAGAUGCAAGGCUAAAAGAUGAAGUUAUUAACAAGUAUCUUACUGAACCUAUUGCCAAUGCAAUUAAAAUAGAAAUAUCUCAGUGCUUAUUUGUUAGUGCAAACAAGAUCGAACCUAGCAUUGAAGAGUUAUAUAGUAAACAG